AUGAUGACCAUGACUACGAUGGCUGACGGCUUGGAAGGCCAGGACUCGUCCAAAUCCGCCUUCAUGGAGUUCGGGCAGCAGCAGCAGCAGCAGCAGCAGCAGCCGCCGCCGCCGCCGCCGCCGCCGCCGCCGCCGGCGCCGCCGCAGCCGCACUCGCAGCAGAGCUCCCCGGCCAUGGCCGGCGCGCACUACCCGCUGCACUGCCUGCACUCGGCGGCGGCGGCGGCGGCCGGCUCGCACCACCACCACCACCAGCACCACCACCAUCACGGCUCGCCCUACGCGUCGGGCGGCGGCAACUCCUACAACCACCGCUCGCUCGCCGCCGCCUACCCCUACAUGAGCCACUCGCAGCACAGCCCUUACCUCCAGUCCUACCACAACAGCAGCGCGGCCGCCCAGGCGCGAGGGGACGACACAGAUCAACAAAAAACCACAGUGAUCGAAAACGGGGAAAUCAGGUUCAAUGGAAAAGGGAAAAAGAUUCGGAAGCCUCGGACCAUUUACUCCAGCCUGCAGCUCCAGGCUUUAAACCAUCGCUUCCAACAGACUCAGUACCUGGCCCUGCCCGAGAGAGCGGAACUGGCAGCUUCCUUAGGACUGACACAAACACAGGUGAAGAUAUGGUUUCAGAACAAACGCUCUAAGUUUAAGAAACUGCUGAAGCAGGGCAGUAACCCGCAUGAGAGCGACCCUCUCCCGGGCUCAGCAGCCCUGUCGCCGCGCUCGCCCGCGCUGCCUCCGGUGUGGGACGUUUCAGCUUCCGCCAAGGGCGUCAGUAUGCCCCCCAACAGCUACAUGCCCAGCUAUUCGCACUGGUACUCCUCACCACACCAGGACACGAUGCAGAGACCACAGAUGAUGUGA